AUGCUAACGAGGAGAGUGAGUGCCGUACCCUUGGGAAAUGAGUGGCCAAGGGAGGCCCAUCAGCACAACCAUCAGCAGAACAGCUACGAUGGGCUGUCAUCUGGUCACACAGAAGCGCACAAGAAAACGUCUUCGGACUAUUUAAAAGCCAUUGUAUUUGGAGGUCUUGAUGGUAUCGUAACAAUCUUCGCCAUUGUUGCGGGAUGCGUCGGUGCCAACUUGCAUCCCUCGAAGGUCGUUAUCAUCGGCAUUGGGAACCUCUUAGCGGAUGCAAUCAGCAUGGGUUUUGGCGAGUUUGUCAGCUCUGCAGCAGAAGAAGAUUUUGUGAAGAGCGAACGGGAGAGAGAAGAGUGGGAGAUAGAAAAUUGCCCUAAUGAGGAGAAACAGGAAAUGGUUGAGAUCUAUCGGGAUCGCUACGGCUUCACAGAUGAAGAUGCGGAUUGUCUCGUCAACAUCACAUUCAAAUAUCGCGAGUUUUUUGUGCAGCACAUGAUGGUAGAAGAGUUGGGUCUGAUGGUAACUGAGGGCCCCAGUCCCUUAAGGCGAGGCAUCAGCACGGACGGCCACUUCGCUUUCGCCAUGGCGUGCGUUAUAUCAGGAGUUGCGCUCUUCAUCCUGGGUUUCCUGAAGGGCCGCUUCGUUAACCAGAGCCCUCUCAAGUCAGGCCUUUUAAUGAUAAUAAAUGGGACUUGCGCAGGAACCGUGGCGUACGCAGUUGGGGCUGCUCUAGAAGAUGUGGUUGCUGGCACUUUGUGA